GAUAAGCAGUUGGAUGACUAACAAUUGUAAUGUCCUUUCGAUAAACUUUCGUGUUCUUUGAUUGAAAGCAAUAGUAGAUCAUGCUAUUGUAAUCUUUACGGUAUCUUAAGUGACAGAUGAAUGAUUUUACUUACAUUGUUCAAUUGCAACUCAAAGAAGUGCUAACAUUUCAUUAGUUACAUAUAAAAUUGAAACACAGAAUUUGAAGUUUCCAUGUAUUGUAGAAGUUAACACGGAGGAUACAAUUGCUUCGCAUUGUGUUUAUAAAAAAUUUUAACGCAUCUAGUAUUUGAUAUAAGAAUAUUUGCGUAUUGAAAAGUAAGGUCAUUCUAUUUAUUAAAGUAAAUGGUGAAGAUGACACCUCCAAAUGAAGCAAAGAUCAGGCAAAGUUUAUCAAAGUAUCAGAAUCCAGAUAUUACUAAGCAACAUGUUAUGAGCGUUUUGAAUCUUUACAAUGGUUUACAAUACGAAGUAGAACCAUUUGUAUUUAAUGAUGGAUCACGUAAAGAAUUAUUUAAUUUACAAGGAACAAUACCGGUUUCUUAUGAAGGUAAUUGUUAUAACAUUCCUAUAUGUAUUUGGUUGAUGGAUACACAUCCAAAUAAUGCACCUAUGUGUUACGUUAAACCUACUGCUGACAUGUAUGUUAAAGUCAGCAUGUUCGUUGAUCACAAUGGAAAGAUCUAUUUACCAUAUCUUCAUGAUUGGUUGCCACAUUCAUCAGAUUUACUUAGUCUAAUUCAAAUAAUGAUUGUAACUUUUGGAGAACAACCACCUGUUUAUGCUAAACCUAGGAAAAAUACCAGAUCGAGUCCUUUUUCUGUACAGGGUUUUGAUCCUACAACUGGCAGUAGAGCACAUAUGCCAGGUUCUCCUCUCCCACCAUAUCCACAAAAUCCACCAUAUCCAGAUGGAAGUAACGUAUAUCCUCCAUAUAUGCAUCCAGCAUCUUCUGGAUUUCCAUAUCCAGGUUCAUAUGGUUCUUAUGCAGGAAAUGCAUCAAAUUUUCUAUCACAAGGAUAUACUGGUUCUUUUCCUUACCCACCAUCAACACAACCGUCUCCAACUGUGCCUGGUACUACUGGUGGAUCGGGUACAAUCACGGAAGAACAUAUCCGAGCAUCUUUAUUAUCGGCUGUAGAAGACAAAUUAAGACGAAGACUUAAAGAACAAUUUUCACAACUGUUAGCUGAGCUAGAAACAUUACGACGGACGCAACAAGAGCUUACUAGUGGGUCCGCCCAUCUUACCGAGUUAUUUGACAGGCUAAAGAAAGAAAAAUUUGAACUUGAAAAAAAUAUAAACAUACUCCAAGAUAAAGAAGCUGAAUUAGAAAAAGAAAUUGCAAAACUUUCUGACAAUCAAUCGAUAGAUGUUGAUGAAGCUGUUACAACGAUCGCUCCACUUUACAAGCAAAUGUUAAACGCGUUUGCAGAAGAAGCUGCUACAGAAGAUGCUAUAUAUUAUCUUGGUGAAGGUUUACGGUGUGGUAUCAUAGAUUUAGAUGCAUUUUUAAAGCAAGUACGGCAACUUUCGCGUAGACAAUUCAUGCUCAGAGCGUUGAUGCAACGCUGUCGUCAAAAAGCGGGAUUAGCUGGUUAAAUGCUAUAUUUGAAUUUUAUAAAGUUGCG